AUGUCAUCAGCUGGAAACAGAAACAUUAACACCAUAUUUGGUAAGAAACAAAAACUAGAGGUCCAGCAGCAAUUAAAGCGCCUUAACAAGCCCGCUCUUAAAUCCAUCGAGAGCCCGGAUGGAGAUAUAAUCGACUGCGUAGACAUCUACAAGCAGCCAGCUUUUGAUCAUCCUUUGUUAAAAAAUCACACAAUUCAGAUGAGACCAAGUUCUUACCCAGAAGGGUUUUCAUUUGAUGAAAUCAAUGACGUCUCUUCAAACUUCGAGCCCGAAUUUACUCAGCCAUGGCACUUGAAUGGAAGGUGCCCAGAAGGAACUAUUCCCAUAAGAAGAACUAAAGAAGAAGAUUUAUUAAGGGCAGGCUCUGUAGCAAAUUUUGGAAGGAAAAAAUACCAUACCAACCCUCAUACUCAGAGUAAUAUUGAUCUAGAUAUCCAUGAGCAUGCAACGUAUGGUGAGACUUGGGAUAAGUAUUAUGGAAUGACGGCAGACAUGAACCUAUGGAACCCCUAUACCCAGGAAGAAAAUGAGUUUAGCAACUCUCAAUUCUGGGUGGCAAAAGGUGAAUAUGGUCAAGAUUUUGAUUCCAUUGAAGCCGGCGCGAUGGUUUACGAAGCUCUAUAUGGAGAUAAAAACACUAGACUCUUCGUAUAUUGGACUGAUGAUGCAUAUCAAAGCACAGGUUGCUAUAAUCUGUUGUGCCCUGGCUUUGUUCAUGUUGACAAAGAGAUUGCAAUGGGUGCAACUGUCACCCCUUAUUCCAAGUAUGGUGGUAACCAAUAUGCACUCAAGUUCUACGUUUGGAAGGACAUUAAUGGACGGGGAAACUGGUGGAUGAAAAUUAACAACAGAGUCUUUGGAUAUUGGCCAUCUUCCCUAUUCUCGAUCUUGUCUGAUAGUGCUUCAAAAGUUAGAUGGGGAGGAGAGAUCAUAAAUUAUAAUUCAGGAGGGCAGCACACCACAACACAAAUGGGCAGUGGCCAUUUCGUAGAAGAAGGGCCCGGCAAGGCUAGUUUCUUCAAAAAUCUCAAUGUCAUUGAUGUUAAUACUUUAAUUCCAAACCAGAUAUUGACAACACUCCAAGGGUAUGCCCAGCAAGGUAUGCGAAAUGUAAAUCAGACAAUGCCGUACUCAAGGAACACGGCCCAAGCAAGGUACAAGAAAGAUAAAGCAUACAUGCCUACAUCCAAAGGGUAUGGCCCAACAAGUGCUUCCUUUAACAUCCCCCCACAAAACCAGGGGGUCAGCGGAUACCAUGAUUUUGGAUCUAAGAAAGGCAAAUCUGGAAGUAGGGAGGCUCUUAGUAAACACAUCAGCCAGUUGAUCACCUGUGACAAUAUACUUGACUUGAAGAUCCUUUCGCAAGACCUUCUAACGAACAAAAUGGUAGUCGACCUCGAUGUGUUUGGUGCGGGCAUGGAAUACAAGAUUGGAGGCAAUAGCAAGUGCAAACACGUUGUCACACCAAAGUUUAGGAGGGACAGGAAGAAAAACCCCAAGAUCACGCAACACCUGGCGAAGCCAAUAGAGCUCAACAGCAGUGGUGGCUAA